UGACACUAUGAGGGGCACUUCCUCAGUCAAGUCAUGGCUAACAACCUAAUAUAGCUGUUCUAUCUUUUAAAGAUCCUAAAAGUGGGAAUUGAAGUUUAAAGUACUGUAGGAACAUCUCAGGAGGUAGGAGUGAGAGACCCCACUAGAUACGCAAGUGAAAAGAGAAAUACAAAAGACUCCUAUCUGGAAAAUUUCACACAAAAGGAAACCACGGGGUAGGCUGGAUAGACUGGGGAUGCCGUGUGGCCCAGACGGAGGGGGUGGCUGAAGUGGUCUAGAAAGACCUUUUAAACCCUGUACAGACUGAAGCAAGAGUUGGGAGGGAGAGAGGUGUGUCUCCUGCCAGGCAGGCCAGCCCUUUUCCCCCUCCCAAUCCACCAACUUCCGCCCAAACCAGGAUCUGUUACAACUUGAGGUGGAAAUUCUGGUUCCCCUGGCACAGAGCUCCUGGUGCUUGCUGGCUUUGGCAUGAUGGAUGCCUGGGGGGCUGUGCUCCCGUUCCAGCCAGGCUAAGCAUUUGUCCCCUGCCUCUGGGGCCUAGGAACUCUGUCCUUCUUUCUCUUGGAUGGCACUCCUGCCCUAGACUCUGGAUGCUGGAGUUUCUCACAACUGGCUCAAGAGUAUGUGAGAGCCAUCUGGUGACAGCCUCUGGCUGAGCAUGGCCCCCCCAGCCCUGGGCCUGGACCCCUGGAACCUCCUGGGUCUUUUCUUCUUUCAAGUGCUCUUGCUGCUGCUGCCGCCACUGACUGCUGGGGGUGGUGGGCAGGGGCCCGUGCCCAGAGUCAGAUACAAUGCAGGGGACCCACGCAGGGCCCUUGGCUUCUUCCAGCAGAGCGGCCUCCGAGAUUUCGACACUCUGCUCCUGAGUGGUGACGGGAACACUCUGUAUGUGGGAGCACGAGAGGCUAUUCUGGCCUUGGCUAUCCAGGACCCAGGAGUCCCAAGGCUGAAGAACAUGAUACCCUGGCCGGCCAGUGAGAGAAAAAAGCGUGAGUGUGCCUUAAAGAAGAAGAGCAACGAGACGCAGUGCUUCAACUUCAUCCGUGUGCUGGUCUCUUUCAAUGCCACCCAUCUCUACGCCUGUGGCACCUUCGCCUUCAGCCCUGCCUGCACCUUCAUUGAACUCCGAGAUUCCUACCUGUUGCCCAUCUUAGAGGAAAAGGUGAUGGAGGGGAAAGGUCAGAGCCCUUUUGAUCCUGCUCACAAUCACACUGCUGUCUUGGUGGAUGGGAUGCUCUACUCAGGCACCAUGAACAACUUUCUGGGCAGCGAGCCCAUCCUGAUGCGCACACUGGGCUCCCAGCCUGUCCUCAAGACGGACACUUUCCUCCCCUGGCUGCACGCGGACGCCUCCUUCGUAGCCGCCAUUCCCUCGACCCAGGUCGUCUACUUCUUUUUUGAGGAGACUGCCAGCGAGUUCGACUUCUUCGAGAAGCUCCGCACCUCCCGCGUGGCUCAAGUCUGCAAGAACGACGUGGGUGGAGAGAAGCUGCUGCAAAGGAAGUGGACCACCUUCCUCAAGGCGCAGUUGCUCUGCGCCCAGCCUGGCCAGCUACCCUUCAACAUUAUCCGCCACGCGGUCCUGCUGCCCGCCGGGUCGUCCACUGGUCCCCGCAUCUACGCAGUCUUCACCUCUCAGUGGCAGGUUGGUGGGACCAGGAGUUCAGCAGUUUGUGCCUUCUCUCUCUCAGACAUUGAGAAUGUCUUUAAGGGGAAAUACAAAGAAUUGAACAAAGAAACUUCACGCUGGACUACUUACAGGGGCGUCGAGACCAACCCCCGGCCAGGCAGUUGUUCGGUGGGCCCCUCCUCCGAUAAAGUCUUGACCUUCAUGAAGGACCAUUUCCUGAUGGAUGGGCAGGUGGUGGAGACACCACUGCUGGUGAAGUCUGGUGUGGAGUAUACGCAGCUUGCGGUGGAGACAGCCCAGGACCUUGAUGGCCACAGCCAUGUGGUUAUGUACCUGGGCACCUCCACUGGGUCCCUGCACAAGGCUGUGGUGAGUCGGGACAACCGUGCUUAUCUGGUGGAGGAGAUCCAACUGUUCACUGACCCUGAACCUGUUCGCAAUCUGCAGCUGGCCCCCAGCCAGGGUGCAGUGUUCGUAGGCUUCUCAGGAGGUGUCCAAAGGGUGCCCCGAGCCAACUGUAGUGUCUAUGAGACCUGUGUCGACUGUGUCCUUGCCCGGGACCCCCACUGUGCCUGGAACCCUGAAUCUCGAGUUUGCUGCCUUUUGUCUACCCCUAACCUGAAACACUGGAAGCAGGACAUGGAACGAGGGAAUCCAGAGUGGGCAUGUGCCAAGGGGCCUAUGGGCAGGAGCCAUCGGCCUCAGAGCCGUCCCCAAAUCAUUAAAGAAGUCCUGGUGGUCCCCAACUCCAUCCUGGAACUCCCCUGCCCUCACCUGUCAGCACUGGCCUCUUACCGCUGGAGUCAUGGCACAGGGAAAAUCCCAGAGGCCUCUUCUGCUGUCUACAAUGGCUCCCUCUUGCUGUUGCCACAGGAUGGAGUUGGCGGUCUCUACCAGUGCAUAGCCACUGAGAAUGGCUUCUCAUACCCAGUUGUCUCCUACUGGGUAGACAGCCAGGACCAGCCCCUGGCCAUGGAUCCAGAACUGGCAGGAAUUCCCCGGGAGCGUGUGCAAGUCCCACUGACCAGGGUUGGUGGUGGGGCUGCCAUGGCUGCCCAGCGAUCCUACUGGCCUCACUUUCUUGUGGUCACUAUCCUUCUCGCCUUAGUGCUCUCAGGAGCCCUCAUCAUCCUCCUCACUGCCCCACUGGGGGCGCUGCGGGCUCGGGGCAAGGUCCAGGGCUGUGGGACCCUGCCCUCUGGGGAUAAGGCCCCCUUGAGCAGGCAACCAUGCCUCGAGCCCCAAAAAGAAAGCCGGACCUCUGCCACUAAUGUGGACGCUGAUAAUAACCACCUGGGUACCGAUACGGCUUAAACUGUGGAUGCAGGCUGAGCUUUUGAGUAGGACGUGCACCUAGCCAUGCCGGCUAUGUGCCCCAAGCUGUGAAGCCCUGACUAGGGGGGCAGACUCCCACCUCUGACAGCAGCUUCUCCUGCCAUCUGUGCAACCAGAAGCACUCAGUGAGGCCCUGCAUGGAGCAUCCCUCCCCAGUGCAACCCCUUCUACCAAGCAUGAGGCUCUCUGAUGUGGGGUGCCCCCAGACCUGUAUCUGUGAUGUGGCAUGAGGACCUGGGGAGGGUCCUUCCAUUCUGGCCAUCCCAGGAACCCUCCAGAAAUAUCCUGCUCCGGAAGACCCUAAAACCUGGGUGUUGCAGGACCCGACAAUAAUGAAGCCGGGCAGUAGACAACCAUAAGCUGGGACAAUGCUCCUAGAAACUCACUUUGAAGGCAGCUGCUACUUUGGACACAAACACCUCUGUUCCAGGAGUCUUUAGGUCCUGCAGGGAACUGACACCUCCUGUUCUCCUUACUGACUCCAGGGAGUUGUUCCUGAAGUCUGACAAACUCCCCUCUUGCUUCAGUCGGGGCAGGCUGCUUCCUUUGUUCUGACUAACAUGGCCAGGGGUGGUGUUCUCUUUACCCUGGCACGCCCCUUGACCUCUCCUAUCUCUUUUCCCCUGUUUGAAAACUGCUUGUCAAGAAAAUUUAUUUUUUAUUAAAAGGACAAAAGUUUA